UCCAAGCAGUGGUUGAUGACAAACUCAGUGGCACGAUGGCCCGGGUCCACACAUGAUGCAUCAGUUUUUGACAACUGUGGAUUAAAGGACUAUUUGGCUGCGAAUGACAUUGGACAUCUUCUGGGUGACAGCGGUUACCCACUGAGAUCAUACUUGGUGACUCCGCUGUCCAAUCCAUCAACACCUGCAGAGGAACGCUUCAAUGCUGCAUUAGUAUCAGGCCAUAUGGUGGUAGAGAGAACAUUUGGUGUUCUCAAGUCUCGAUUUAGAUGCCUCCAUAAAUCAGCUGGUUGUCUACCAUUCACCCCAGAAAAGUCUGCUGAAGUGGUCAUGGCGUGCAUGCGGCUGCACAAUUUGUGUGUCUCACGAAAUGUGCCACUGCUAGAGGCCAUAGAAGUUGAGGCGGGUGAUCAUGACUUGCCAGUACCAAUAGCCGAAAAUAGAGAUGGUCAAAACAGAAGGAGAGAUUUAAUAAGACUGUUUGAAUAAUUUCAAACUUGAAUAAAUUAAAAAUCAUGUGUGUCAUUGUGCAACAAAUUUGAUGACAGUAAAAGCAACUGUAAACACAAUUAUUUGCUUUAUUUAAGCAUAUUUUCAAAUGAACUGUUCAUUAAACAAACUCAGGCAAUUCAAUGCUCUGGUAAAAGUUGGUUUUCACUCAACAUUUUUAUUUUUUUUAGUGUAAUUAAUGAUUCCAAUUUAUUGCUUAUGUCCAAUAGAAUUGUAUUCCUCGCCUUUUCAACCUCUAGCCUUUCUCGCUCAAUACUUAUGAGUUCAAUCCUGUAUGAUUCAUCAGAACCUGUAAAUAUCACAUGUGUUUUAUUACUUGCAAAUUAGUUAGCAAUCACUUCUUUUAUAUUUGUUACAUAAGGUUCACAGUAUAAAUAUUUAAUCUCGAAAUAUUUGUGGUAUGUCAGAUUGUUUUAAAUGUUUUAUUGGCAUUCAUGAAUGCUGACAUGAUUGUAUUUAUUAAUAAAUUCAGUUACAUGA